AUGGAUACCACAGGCUUCACCUCAACCCAACUCGAAGUACGAGAAGCCAUCUCAGCCCUCUGCACCCAAUUCCCUGAUAGCUACUGGCGGCACCACGAUGAAACCUCCACAGACCCUUCCUCCUUCCACGCUGCCCUCGCAAAGGACGGUUGGCUCGGCAUCGCCUUACCAGAGAAGUACGGUGGUUCAGGCCUAGGAAUCUCAGAAGCAACAAUGAUGCUUCAAACCAUUGCCGAAUCCGGCGCAGGUAUCGCGGGAGCCCAAGCCAUCCACGCAAACGUCUACGCCACACAACCAUUAGCUAAAUACGGCAACGAAAAGCAACUCUCCGACACCUUGCCCAGAAUCAUCAACGGCGAAUAUCGCACCUGCUUCGGCGUUACAGAACCGAAUUCAGGGCUCGACACACUAAGCCUGCAGACCUCCGCUCAGAAACAAGAAGAUGGAAAAUCAUACACUAUCAACGGCCAAAAAAUCUGGAUCACAUGCGCCCAAGUCGCCUCCCGCAUGAUCCUCCUCGCCCGCACCGCCGCACCCUCCACCAAAAAACGUAGUGAAGCCCUAAGUCUCUUCUGCAUCCCCCUCGACCGGUCCCCAGAUUCGGGGUUAAGCAUGCAGCGCAUCAAGAAAAUGGGCGGCCGAGCCAUCGACGCAAACGAAGUCUUCUUCGACAACUACCGCAUCAGCGCCUCCACCCUCAUCGGCUCCGAAGGCCAAGGCUUCCGCAUCAUCCUCUCAGGCAUGAACGCAGAACGCUGUCUUCUUGCGGGCGAAGCCCUUGGCUUAGGCUACGCAGCACUUAGCCGCGCAAGCGCGUACGCGCGGGAUCGCCGGGUCUUUGGGCGCGCAAUCGGUAUGAAUCAGGGUGUUGCACAUCCGCUGGCUGAUGCGUAUAUGCGGCUUGAGGCGGCGAAGCUGGCGACGUAUCAUGCGGCGAGGCUGUACGAUGCGAGUUUGAGGGAUGACGCGAUUCGUGCGGAUGCCGUAGGGGUCGCGGCGAAUAGUGCAAAGUAUCUUGCUGCGGAGGCGGCGUUUAAUGCGUGUGAGAAGGCGGUGCUGGUGCAUGGGGGGAUGGGGUAUGCGCAGGAGUAUGAUGUAGAGAGGUAUUUGAGGGAGUGUUUUGUGCCGAGGAUUGCGCCGGUGAGUAGGGAGAUGGUGUUGAAUUAUAUUGGGGAGAAAGUGCUUGGGCUGCCGAGGAGUUAUUGA